AUGACAGCAACUAAGGAGAGGAUGUGUAAUAAGAGGAGAACCAGGAAAAGCUGUGUCACUGAAGCUUUGAAGGAACACUUCAUUGAGGUAAUAAAGAACCAAGAAUUCCUCCUGCUUCCAGCUAAUGAGAUUUCCAAACUUCUGUGCAGCGAUGACGUUACUGUGCCUGAUGAAGAAAUCAUUUUCAAUGCUGUCAUGCAGUGGGUGUGUUAUGAUGUGCAGGUGAGGCAGCAAGACUUGACAAUGCUGCUGUCUUACAUCAGACUGCCCUUACUGCCAUCACAGUUACUGGUGGAUCUUGAAGAAAGCCCCGUGUUUACUGCUGAAUUUAACUGCCAAAAUCUCCUGAUAGAAGCUAUGAAAUAUCACCUCUUACCUGAGAAAAGCAUGCUGCAGUACCCUUGGAUCAAGCCUAGAAAAUCUACUGUAGGGGCACUUUAUUCUGGAGGAGGCAUGGAUGCUAUGAGAGAUACCACUAAAAUUGAAAAAUAUGACCUCAGGACCAACAGCUGGCUACAUAGUAGCACCAUCAGUAGCCUUAGGUUUCAGUUUGGAGUGGCAGUUAUUGAUAAUAAGCUCUAUGUCCUCAGAGGAAGGGAUGGUUCCAAAACUUUAAAUACUGUGGAAUAUUUUGAUCCAGCUGGCAAAAUCUGGACUGUAAUGCCUCCCAUCUCAAUACCGAGGCAUGGCUUAGGUGUAGCCACACUUGAAGGACCAAUGUAUGCUGCUGGUGGUCAUGAUGGGUCAAGUUAUCUAAAUACUGUAGAAAGAUGGGACCCUGAGGGACGUCAGUAGACUUACGUGGCCAGUAUGUCAACUCCUAGAAGCACAGUUGGCAUUGUUGCAUUAAACGGCAAGAUAUAUGCUAGUGGUGGAUGUGAUGGACGUCCCUGCCACAAAUCAAUGGAAUACUUUGACCCACAUACUAACAAAUGGAGUCUGUGUACUUCAAUGUCUAAAAGACGUGGAUGUGUGGGAGUUGCAACAUACAAUGGAUUCUUAUAUGUUGUUGGGGGUCACGAUGCCUCUGCUUCUAACCAAUGCACAAUACUUUCUAACCGUGUGGAAUGGUAUGACCCAAAAACUGAUUCGUGGUCAACUGUGGCGCCUCUGAGUGUUCCUUGUGAUGCUAGCACUGUAUGUCCCCUCAGAGACAGGCUCUAUGUGGUUGGAGGAUAUGAUGGGCAUAGUUAUUUGAAUACUUUUGAGUCAUAUGAUGUCCAGAAACAUGAAUGGAGAGAGAUACGGCAUGCUCCUCUCUCUGAGGUCGCCCACACUUCCUAA